UCUUUUCUUCAACUUCGCCGCAAACAUCUGCGGACCAAAUGUCGUUUGGAUGGCGGCGGCUCCUGCGCUGAUACCCAGCACCAGGCAGCCUUGCUCGCUGCUUUGUCCUGCACAUUGGCAAGUUGCACAGUGCAUCUUGAUGCUUCAAAUGCGCCAGACGCACAGGCACUGUUGGCUUGGCCCCUUCCAUGACUGGAGCGGUUUGGACCAUACUUUCUUCGCCCAAUGCUUCGCUCAGUUCGAUGCACCUACAUGGAAUGCACCGAAAAGAAUCUGUGUUGGCGAUGCCCGUGGCCCCUUGAUUCCUUGGCAGGAACUAGAAGCAUGUGGCCGGAUGGAUGAUAUCACCCAGAUGUGGAAUGCUACAUCUUCAAGGCAAAGCCAACAAAGUUGGAUGCCGAGACGAUGCCUGCACCUCCGAAGGCUCAAGUUCACAUUGAGACUCAGAAGUUUGCUACUCUUCGCGCCCUUCUUGCAGGCCAACAUAGCCGUACCCGAAAGCGAAAGCUUAAUGGCACCUGGGCUGAGGACAUUCCCGCCGGCACAGCCAGAUGCAGAUGGACAUGAUAGCCGCGAGAAAAGAAUGGCCAUGGCCAAGUGCUUCGCAUUGAAGGAAGUGCCCAUUGGCUACUUGGGCGCCGCGGAACAGCGCCGAGUGCUGGAGGAGUUGCGUCUACACAAGGCCUUCGAUUGUCCCUUCGUCGUGCGAUACUUCACGUCCUGGAUGCAGGAUGACACUGCAUGCCUUCUGCUGGAGUACGUUGAGAACGGUUCGUUGGCAGCAGAAGUGCAGAGGUGUCGUCGAGAAGAUCGACAGAUCUCGGAUGCCUGCAUCAUCGAUUGGGCGAGUCAGAUUAUUCUGGGCCUUUUGUACCUACACCGCAAAGAAGUUGUCCACCGAGACCUGAAGAUGGAGAACUUAUUAGGUCCCUCUUUGGAGGGCUGCGUGAAGAUCGCCGACUUCGGCAUCUCCAAACGCCUGAGCGGCGCAUCCCUGGCCAGGUCGCUGGUAGGCACCUUAGAGGUCAUGGCGCCCGAACGCGUCAAAGCCUUGGCCUCCGAAGGUGUAGGCUCCGCCCCGAGCGAGUACGGCCCAGAAAGCGACCUCUGGUCCUUGGGAGUGGUCCUUUACGAGCUGGCCCUUCUGCAUGCACCCUUUUCCGAGGAUCGAGCAGAUCUGAGUGCACAGGAGCGGCAGCGGCGCCUCAUCGAUCGCAUCCAGCACGACAAGCCCUCGCCCUUACCUUUUUCGAGGGCCGCAGUACUGCACAAGGUCGUAAUUGGCGGACUCUUGCAGAAGCAGCCCUCUCAACGUCCCAGCGCUGCGGAACUCUGUCAGGACCCAGACCUAGGGCGAUCUAUUCAUCACUUUCUUCAGAAGCAAAAACUGUUGGAUCAUCCGUCCAUUUUGGAGAUUCUGGACGUGCUUCCAAGUGUGGAGGAUCCCGAGGGGAGUUUCCUUGCCAGCUCCCUGGAUGUGGUGACCCUGCGCAGUCAUCGCAGCUCUUUGGGUGGCACGGGGCCGUUUUUGGACGGGGCACGGCUCUCGGCGACGGAGCUGCGAAAGUUGCUGCCCGAGGAUUUGGCCGAAGUCUUUGAGACAGCCGAGGCUGUGGACAACUCCGACUCCGUUCCGGAGCCUGGACAACGCUUAGAGAGGAAAGCCUCCAAGGGCCCCAUGGCGCCGGGCCGUUCGGCGUCGCACCCGGUGUGUUCCAAUGGGCCAUUGCAACCAAUCGGGCAACCCGGGGGACGCAGGCCUUUCCUCAACAACUUCAACAGCAAGUUCCCCCCGGCCACCACCGUUUCCGGCCACACCGGGUCUCGCGCCAUGGGCGCCUUCACCAAACUGGGCCACUGCGCCAGCGGCCUCUGCGGCAGCCGCACCGCAGAGCGAAGCCGCGAACGGCGCCGCAGCGCCGCGCUGGCGGCCGCGCAGCCUGCGCAGCCGGCGCCGGAAGUGGUGGAGCGUCAUCAGCAGCAGAUCUUCCUAUACCUGCUGUUGGAGCUUUUGCAACGCCUUGGUCUUCCAAUUCUGAACAGUGCCCGUUUUUGGGCCCUGAUGAGCGUCCUGUGCUUCUCUGCGUGGUAUUCGGUGGAGCCGAAGAGUCGACCACAGAAAUGGACGCCACCCAAGGACGCUGCCGAGCUGGAAGCGCCAGAAUCGUCCUUGGAGGAGUUCUUGGACUCGCUGGCGCAGCAACUGAACGAAAGGAGUCCACCCACUGAGAUCCACAGCCUGAAGGCUGAUGGCUGGAAGGAUAUCUCCACCCGAGGUGCCCAGAUCUUUAUGAAGAUGUUGAAGGUGCCUCGAAUGGUGACCCAGAUCUACAUCAACGUGAAUUCCAGUGAUCAGGAAAAAUACUUCCCUUGGGUCUUGAUGGACGGCAACACUAUCAAAGGUGGAGCCAUUCCAAUCUUCCUGGCUUUGGAUCACUGGCCUUCGUGGUUUCCCUUCUGCCAGUUGGCAAGCUGCAGCAGCAAGAGCAUCCUGAUCCACGCUGCCCAGAGUCGAAGAGCUACCUCAAGCUUCUGA